UCUGCAAAAUUGAUAUUUGAUAUCACAACAAUUUACAACCCUAGUCUCUGCGGGGGUGUUCCUUUUGGAUUUUGAGGUCGGAGUCACUGAUGAGCAUUAGGACUUUUUCGAGUUUCCAUUCGCAGCAGUUCAUCUUUUCCUUUUGCUCUGUAUGACAUUCAUAGCGUCAACGGACCGAGAUUGAUAAGCAUAAAUCUCUUAAUAUCUCUGUAUCUAUUUAGUUCUGGAAUCGAAUCGAUCAUGGUGGGACAGAAGCUGUUCAAAACGAGGAUAUGCGUACUGUAUAGAAAGGGUCAAUGCCAUCGUCAGAGCUGCUCCUUUGCCCAUGGCGAUGCCGAGCUCCGUCGCUACAAUACUUCUUCGUCCUCCUUCAAUGGUACGCAUUUUCGCUUUAAUUUAUCAUUAACACCAGUUAUGCUUCUAUUAGGGCUAGCAUACGGUUAGAGAGUGAUAUCAGGAUCUGAGUCAUUAAAUGUUGCAGGAGGCCACUAGGGUAACGAUGACCACUAUAUAUGUGUUUGUUUCUCUUAGACCACAGACCAUAGUUGAUUAGCGCUAGCAUACCCUCUGUCCCUUUCUCAAAUUUAGGUACCAUGCUGAGAUAAUGAUAGAAUAACAUAUAUGAGAGAAAUGUUCAAUAAACGAUUAAAUUGGUUGAUUGCAAAUUUGCAAUGGUACUCUAAUAGUGGAUACUAUUGCUGCCAUUGUGAUUUAUCAAUCGUUGUAUAUUAAAUUUAAUUGGAUGGGGUAAAGAAGGUUCAUGGAACUACCAGUUCCUGUAUGCUUCCCAGUUAUGAUCAUUUGUUAAAGUUCAUACAUUGAUUUUUUGAAUGGUUUUUGCAUCUAAUGAUCUAACUAUUUGCAUUUCCGUUUAAUAUCUGACCUACUCCAGUAGGCCCAUGCUUGCAUUUUGGUUGUUUCCCAAGUGGCCAUUUGAUCCUUGAUAUAUCUUAGAGCUUCUACAACUCUCUUUGAGCUCUUUAGGCUGCAGUUUCAACUUCUCUUAAAUCUAGCUUAAGUCAACAGGUUGCAGCAGAUAAUGCUUUUAUGAGUAUAUGUAUAAGAGCAAACUUCCAACUUAUCUUUGAUUGACUGGAGAUAUGUCAUCAAGUUUUUCAGUUGGGACUCAUAACUGUAUCAGCAGUUUCUUAUCCCAUUAUCAAUUAUCAAGACAUCAUCCGACAGGCAUAUUAUGUUCUCAUCAGAGGGGAUUGUGCUGGUUGGUUUUUCUUAUUGUUGCUUAUGGUAUUAUUCUCGGGAACUUCAUCUUCAUGGGCAUUCAUUCUAUCUUCCAUAACUUGCACGUCAUCAGAUGGAUUUUUUCAUACAUUCAAACACUUUUCUGUUAAGUUCUCACAUUCAUGCGGAUGGAGUCUGCUAUUUUCUCUUCUUGACUCCUUCACUUCAUGAAAUAUCAUACAGCCAAGGAGAAUAUCAGACAUAUUGUAAUGUUAUAUUCAUAUUGUUCAAGAAGAGAAAACAUAUCAUCUUCUUAUCCGUUCCACGACAUGUGAAAGUAUUCUCAAUAUUAUACCUCAAAAUUAGGAUAUAUUACAUAUCCACUUCUUUCCGUUUUAUUUGAGAGGUGUAGUUUCUAUGGACUGGCCCCUUUGGAAGUCGAUUGAAGGGAGGCAGGACUAUAGAGGUGCUGAUUUAAGAGAUAAGCUUGGCAGACAUCGCUCCCCACCUUGGAGAAACUCUCUUGACAAAGAUGCAAGAGACAGACUCCCAUCUCAAGGACAUAGUUCUCCAAGAUUUGGGAAAAAGAGUGAAUGGAGUCAUAGGAAGAGACAUCACUUUGAUGGUGAAAGUGAAUAUUCCGGAAGCUUUAAUUUAUCAGAUGGGGGUGAGCAAGGCAGAGAAACAAAAGCCUCAUCUUCAGAAAUUAAGGAUGAUCAGUUGAAGCAUGUGCAAUCUGAAAUAGAUAUGCUAGAAGAUCACAAGGAGCAACUGCAGAUCUAUUUGGAAGAAAGGAUCCAAGAAGAAGAUAGUUUAAAUUCCAAAAUUAAAGAGCUCGAUAUGCAAUUGUCCAUAGAGAAAGAGGAAUGCAGAAGUAUUUCCUCCAAAAUUAGGAAAUUUGUUAAGGCAAAUCAUCGCCACUCAAAGAUACAAGAUGAACUGAAGAGAUCACAAGCUCGUCUGGAAAGACUUGGGGAUCAACUUGGUUUUGAUGCUAGAGCUGCUGCUAAUGAAGAGGAUAUUAGCAUUAAUAUAUUAAGUGAUGAAGAGACUUUGGGAAAUGUCUUAAUGAGCCCCAAAUAUGAUACUAAGGGUCCACCAAGAAAGGAUGAGAUGUUAGUGAAGGAUUUCCAUUCCCAUUCCCAUUCCCCUAGCAAGAAAAGGAUGAGGGUUCACAUGGUAGAUGCUGAUGAAAAAUCAAAACAAGGAGAAUGGGUUGGUGGUAGAAAUAUGAGAUUUGAAAGUAGAUGGGACCCAGACCCACAUCUUGGUCAAAAGAAAAACGAUGAAAUAAGGAAUGUUAGGCCUUUUGUUAAUAACUAUGACAAGCCUACACGAAGAAAGAACACAUUCACCAGCUUUCCCUUGGGAGAUAAUAAGUUUAAGGAAGCAAAAUCCAGUACUAGAAUGGCAACAACUUUUGUGGAUGAAGAGAAUGAGGGAGAGUUGCCACUUCCACUUCCACCUCCACCUCCUCUUCCUCUUCCAAUUGGACACAAACAGAGUGCUUACUUACAACAGUACAAGGGGGGAAAAGAUGAUGAUGAGAAUAAUGUGGAUGUGGUUGAUGUUGAUGACGAUGAGAUGCUGGAUGUGGAUAUUGUUUGACUACUAUUCUUAGUUAUUUAUGCAUUUGUAACUGUAAGAAACAUGUGAUUAUGAUUAUGAGGAUUGAUGAUAUGAUGUUCCAAAGUUUUGUAAAUACUACUUAAGUUUUGCAUUGCACCUUUAGGCCUUGGAUCACUGGAAUCAGUUUAGAAUUGUGGUAAAACUUUAUGUCUAGUCGUCUAUUCAU